UCCAGUCGGGGUGUUUUUGCCAACGUACCAGUCUCGCAUAACAACCAAAUAAAGGAUUAUCAGAUCAUGGAGUUUGCAGAGCUGAUAAAGACACCCAGGGUGGACGGGGUUGUCCUGCACCGGCCUUUUAUGCCCACCGUGGAGGGCACUCUGUGUUUGACUGGCCAUCACCUAAUUCUCUCCUCCAGACAGGACAACACGGAGGAGUUGUGGCUGCUUCAUUCAAACAUUGACUCUAUUGAAAAAAGAUUUGUGGGAUCUUUGGGAAGCAUCAUAGUCAGAUGCAAAGACCUGCGGGUGAUUCAGCUUGACAUUCCUGGCAUGGAGGAAUGUCUCAACAUUGCUAGCUCUAUUGAGGCUUUGUCCACACUUGAUUCCAUCUCCCUGAUGUAUCCGUUCUUCUACCGGCCCAUGUUUGAAGUCAUAGAGGAUGGAUGGAAUUCAUUUCUCCCACAGGAUGCCUUUAAAGAGUUGGAGUCCAUGACAGAUGAGUGGAGACUGAGUGAAGUCAACAAGGACUUCAGUGUGUGUUCGUCAUACCCCCCUCUAGUGGCAGUCCCUAAAGACAUCGAUGAUGAAUCACUGAAGAAAGUUGCUACUUUCCGUCACAGUGGCCGCUUUCCAGUACUCAGCUACUAUCACAAGAAGAACGGCAUGGUGAUGAUGCGAGCAGGACAGCCACUGACAGGCACCAAUGGGCGACGAUGCAAGGAAGAUGAGAAAUUGAUCAAUGCUACUCUGAGACCGGGAAAGCGGGGAUACAUAAUCGAUACACGCACCAUCAAUGUUGCUCAGCAGGCCAAAGCUCGAGGAGGGGGGUUUGAGUCUGAAGGAAACUACCCACAGUGGAGGAGGAUCCACAAGGCCAUUGAAAGGUCUAAUGUGCUCCAGGACAGCCUGAUUAAACUAGUGGAGGCAUGUAGUGAUCAGUCCCACAGUAUGGACCGCUGGUUAAGCAAGCUAGAGGCCUCCAACUGGCAGACUCAUGUCAAGGAGAUCCUCACCACUGCCUGCCUGGCUGCUCAGUGUGUCGACAGGGAGGGAGCAUCAGUGCUAGUUCAUGGAACAGAAGGGACAGAUUCUACUCUGCAGGUGACCUCCUUGGCUCAGAUCAUCCUUGAUCCAGCCUGCAGGACCAUCAAAGGCUUCCAAGGCUUGGUGGAGCGAGAGUGGCUUCAGGCGGGUCACCCAUUCCAGCAACGCUGCUCCCAGUCUGCCUUCUCCAACAGCAAACCUCGGCAAGAGUCCCCCACCUUCCUGCUCUUCUUGGAUUGUGUGUGGCAGAUCCUUCACCAGUUUCCCUGCUCCUUUGAAUUCAGUGAAAGCUUCUUAGUGCUUCUCUUCGAACACGCUUACGCCUCUAAGUUUGGUACUUUCCUUGGCAGCAGUGCAGCCGACAGGGCCAGACUGUCUCUGCCUGAGAAGACUGUUUCCCUUUGGUCAUGGGUGAAUAGACCACAGGAGCUGGAGCAUCUGACCAACCCGCUCUACGAGGCCAACAGUCUUGUUAUUUGGCCCUCUGUGGCCCCUCAGAGCCUCCUGCUGUGGGAAGGAGUUUUCCUUCGCUGGAACCGCUCGUCCAAGUAUUUGGAUGAGGCUUACAAUGAAAUGGUGCAUAUAGUUGAAUACAACAAGGAACUGCAGAAUAAAGUAAACAGCCUGCGCAGGCAGCUGGCCCAGCUGGAAACAGAAGACCCUCUGUUACAUACCCCAAAGUGACUGACUGACAGACACCUGUGAAAGGUAGCAAGCUGGUGGAAGAAGGGAGGCAGUGUCUGGAUGAGUAAAUACAAACUAAUUAAACAUGCCAGUUUAUGCUUUUGGUAAAGUUACUUUGAGAUAUUUCAAAACAUAAUCAAAUGUUAUUUCUGUCAUUUGAUUCUAUAUUUUUUCCUUGUUUUCUUCACACAGCAAACAGCUCAAUGGACUCACACAUGCAUUUUACAAUGUUGUAUCAUUAGCAGGAGUUAGAGGAAAACUUCAUCUCAUUGUCCUUUCAUAUUAGUUUGAAUUCAGAACUGCAUGAGCAGAGAAAAAAAAUAACAUCCUUAAAUUGCACUUUGACUGCUCUGCUGAUUUCACAGAAGCCUCAUUAAACCACCACACUCUCACAUUUCCUGUCAUUUACAUACAUAGACAUCUUUACAAUCAGUAAGUCCAUUUUUCCCAUUUAUCUUGUACUGGAAUGAGGCAUUUAACUGAUUAAAUUUAAUGCAUAUGUUCGUACAUGAUUCAUGUUUUUUAAAACUCCUGCUGAAUGUA